UCAGACACACAGGCAUCCAAAGGGUGGAAAAAUCUGCGGAAAUGUGGAACAAAAAACGAAACCUUACGACCCUCUGGCUAGGUACUAUGGCAACAGGAAAGGGGCAGGGAACCCAAAAUUGGUCCCACACAGAAGCGUACGAUGAUGGGCCGUGAACUAAAGUAGGCCAUGGUUUAGGGACACCCUUAUUCGCCGACGUCUGAGAGUGAGAAGUCUCGUUGAUUUACGCUGAGAAUUGAAAUCCUCAAAGACUCUUAAUUUAUCCACUUAUUUUACGUACUUUUAUAUCGUAAAAUGCCCAUUGCUAGAAGUGACGACAUUGUAAAGUCUCUUUACAAUUUAAGUGUGAACAGUGUUAUAAAUUGUAUCACUAAUGUGCAUCCAGUGCAUAACCAGAAAUCUGUGACUAAAAUCAAUAAAAACCACAGUCCUCUUCUUCAAUUACCUUUAGAUAUUUUGGAAGAAAUUGUUCACACCCUUUUUCAAAACAGAAAAGUUAUGAAAGAAGCCAUAUUCCAUCUAGUUACAUCAGAGUUUCAAUCUUUGAAACUUCAUCCUUACAAUGAAGCAUACUCAAAGUUUUUCCCAAACUUCACAAAAUUGCAAGUGCUGCAGAUUUCAGAUGCAUUUACAACAAAUUCUAUAGCUGAUGACAAUUGCUUAAAACUUAUUGGAACUUAUUGCGAACAUUUGAGAGUGUUGGAUAUACAAUACUGCUACACCGUGUCUGAUGUUGGUAUUCGGUGGCUAUGUUCCAGCAGCGUAGAUAACCAGGAAGAUUAUGGAGGAACUGGGAAAUGCAAGUCUUUAGAAGUGUUGAAAGUUCAAAAUUGUUAUAAUGUUACCAAAAAGGGUAUUCAAAUAGCCCUUGAAAAUUUCCCAUUAUUGAAGGUGCUCCAUCAUGAAUUUACUUUUGAUGUUUUGGUAGAAUUGGCGCAGAUGCCAGUGAAUCAAAAAGUUCCAAAUGUUCCAAAAUUCCCCUUGUCUGUUCUGCAAGUAUUCGAUCAACAGUUGAAGGUGCCUUAUUUUACCAUCGGUAGCAUUGGGAAAGCACUACCUCUUUGUCCUUCUCUCGUUAGGCUGGAUAUACGCUUAGUGAAAGAAAUGACUGACUCCGACCUACUGGGCAUAAUCAAUUUAAAAAUGCUCCGUGAACUGGUAUUUUAUAGAGAAAAAGAAGUAGAAAUUGAGGUCACUUUUGACGGUGGAGUUGCCCCACUUCUAAUAGUCAUAGGAAGUUCUUUAACUUAUCUAAUGAUUUCCUGUUUUAGUGUAGUCAAUUUUUCGACCAUCAUCGAGUAUUGUCCUAAUUUGAGCUAUCUUACCGUAUGUAGGCAUUGGAAUCCCAUCGGCCCUCCUCCGAAAUUGAAACAAUUGUUUCGAACUGAAUCUAGGAAAGAAAAAUUUAUUUUAUCGCAACUAAAAAUGCUGCAUUUAGAGUAUCAUUCUACCAUUUCGUCUGAUAUCUGGUUAUGCUUAUUAUCUUCUCCUCUCCUUAAUCACAUUUGUAUAAGACAUUGCGAUGCCCUUACUGACGAUGUAUUUCAGAAUGCCACAAAAAGUGGCCGAUUCCAGAAUCUAGAGAUUUUGAAUCUCAUUUCGUGUAACUCGAUAACAUACCAGGGAAUGGAUGCAUUAAUGACAGAUGCGAAUCCUCUACGCCUUAUUUGUACUUAUAACUGCGAAAACCUGACAAGGGAAGAUCUCAACCACCUGAAAAUAAAAUAUCAAGACAAGAAAUGGGCAUUCACUUGGCAUUGCAAUGUAAUGGUAUUGAUGUGAAUACAUAACUGAUGAACGUUAAAGAUCGAAAA